UCCUGAUUUAGUUUCAGAACAGAAAAUCUUCUCUGAAUGUUCAUCUGAGUUGCUUGUCUCCAUACUUCAUCAAGAGAAACAACACUGCUUUCAUUAUAUUCAGUAUCUGUUGAAAAUGUCCAUCAGCAUGUGCGGUUUCCUUGUGUUUUUCAUCAGUAUUAAGGAUCUUGUGAAUGGCGAGUGGGAUGAGAUAAAGACUGUGAUGGAGGGAGAUGUUCUCACUCUACAAACAAGAGACACUGAGAGUCUCAGUAAAGUAACAUGGCUGUUUGAAAGAGAUGAUCAAACUGUUCGUAUCGCACAGAUGUAUCAGGGUUAUGAACCCUUCUAUGAUGAGAGACUAACCGGCAGAAUGAAAAUGGACCCAAAGACUGGAGCUCUGACCAUCUGGAACAUCAGCAGCAGCGACUCUGGACUUUAUCACGUUUCUCUCCACAGUGGAUCCAUCUCAGAGAAAGUGUUCAGAGUGGACGUUUAUGGAACUGUUUCUGUACCCGUCAUUAGAUCUACGAUUAGUGGAAACCAAACUCAAGGUUCAUCAAAGCCACAGAAGAUGGAGGAGAUCUGCUCUGUGUUCUGCUCAGUAAGAAAUGAUCGAGGUGUGUUCAUCUCGUGGUAUAAAGGAGGUGAAAUGCUGAACCAGACCAGCAAUCCUGAUCUCAACAUCAACCUCAGUUUACCAUUAGAGCUUCAUUAUAAUGAUCCAGAGACCUACAGCUGCACGGCUGCAAACCCAGUGAAUAACAAAACCGUCCGUCUUCACAUGAAACAGAUCUGCCCUCGACAUGAAGAUUGUGUGGAUCACUGUGGCGUCACUGAGGCUGUGAUUCGUCUGGUUCUGUCUGGUCUGGUGGGAAUCGCCACUGUUGUGUUUCUGGUCGAGCAUCUGAGGUUCUGCUCAUCUCAGAGAAGAACUGCUGCUUCUGCACGGUGA